GCUCGAUUCUCAUCUGUCAAAUGCCAGGAAAAGCGAGAGUUUGUAAACAAAAGCAAAGUAGAUCGUGCGUACGAAACAUUCCGCGAUUUUUAAUCGAAAAGUCUAGUAAAAACCCGCAACAAAAUAGUUUUCCGGCAUGAGCUCCAAAAACUCGGCGCUUGCAUCGCUAACUGCCACCUACACGGACUCGGAAAAUGAGGGCGAUCGUCAUUCGGACGAUGAUUCACCACAGUCGGAAGGCGGUAGUUCCGUCUCACAGAUUCGCUCCCGCCAACAAACGCCGCUCCGCGACAUGUCCGAAAGCUCGGGCACACCCGUCACGCAGACCAACACCGCCAGCCUUCCUCCGUUCAAAUCGGCCGAACCGAGCGGCGCCAGUGACAACGGAACGCCAGGGCCACCGCGCAAGAAAGCACUCCGGCUGGUGAGCUACAUCGACGAUACGAUUGUCGACACGGACGAGGACAACAACUCACCGGAGCGGAGCGAGCACGAGGAAGCACCAGAAUCGGAACACGAGCCCGAACCGGAACGGAGCCCCUCCCCCGAAAAGGUGGACCGGGCAAAGCUAUACGGCUUUAGUCUACCACCCGAACCGAAAGGUCGCUGCUCGCAGGAGCUGCAGGACAAGAUUGCCGCCCUGUACGAACGGAUGAAAAACUCCAACAUGGACACGAACCGCAUCAUCCAGGAGCGCAAAGAGUUCCGCAAUCCGAGCAUCUACGAGAAGCUGAUCCACUUCUGCGACAUCAACGAGCUCGGGACGAACUAUGCGCCGGAAAUAUUCGACCCAUCCCAGUGGGGCAAGGAAUCGUACUACGAGGAGCUGGCGAAAGCGCAGAAGGUCGAGAUGGAGAAGGUGGAAAAGGCACGGAAGGAGGCGACCAAGACGGAAAUACAGACCGGCGUGAAGCGGGUCGAUCCGGACGAGUCGAAGAAGCGCAAAUCCAAAUGGGACCAACCGGGCGUGCUGGGAGCGGCGCCCGGUAUGCUCGGUGCGGCCGCGGCUGUCGCGAUGGCGAACGCACUGAAGCCCGCGGGCAUUAUACAGCAGACGCUCACGACGACGGCCACCGGGACGAAGGGCACGGUUAUAUCGGCGUUCGGUUCGCUGCCAAAGAAGCCCAAGGUUUAGUCGUAAGUCGUUCGUCGCGCGGUGGUUAAAACAAAUAGGACAAAUAAAUGUAAGUUAAUUUCAAACAAACAAAUAAACAAAAA